UCCUUUAAUAUGAUGAAUUUUUUUGCUCAAAGAGCUUUUCACCUCUUUUUCUGAUUCAUUUGGUUAAAACUAUUGAAGCUUCGUUUUUAUUUUAUUCAUUAAGAGAAUGUGAUUAUUUAAUUUAAGAAAGAGACAAAAUGUUAUAAAGAAGACGUAAGGGUGUAUUAUGCUUUACCAAUGCAGAUGAUGAGAAAACUGAUUUUGGUUAUAUUUAUUCUUACUUUGGGAGUAAUCUUGUUAAAAUAUGAUAAUGUGCUAUUCAUGUUAGUUUCUAUUGUUUCUGGUGGUCCAUCGUUGUCUUUAUCUACCCCUUUGGCUACUUUUAUAUUGUCUGGGGUAGCUUUGUGCAGUAUAAUUGCCUUUGCUGUGGAAUACAUUCCCUCAUCCUUUGAUGUGAAAAAUUUCCAUUAAUGUCCCACUUUGAUCCUCAGAGUCAGUUGUCCUUGAAGCUCUAGGAUUUGAGCUGUUUUGGAUCUCUCAGUCUUCAAUGGAUCGUCGGAGUUGGCCCUGGAAGAAGAAAUCAUCAGAUAAGGCAGCAGUUGAGAAAGCUGCAGCUGUUACAAUAGCCUUAGCCUCUGAUCCUUCAGAUUCAACCGAGUCUCAGGGUGAUCAGAGCAAACAGGAUAACCAUAAGAGACCAAAAUAUGUCCAAAUCUCUGUUGAGUCAUAUUCACAUUUGACUGGGCUGGAGGAUCAAGUGAAGUCCUUUGAGGAACAAGUGAAUACCUUAGAAGAUGAAAUAGCGGAAUUGAAUGAUAAGUUGUCUGCAGCACAGUCAGAAAUGACUAAUAAGGAGAACUUAGUGAAACAACAUGCGAAGGUUGCUGAAGAAGCUGUUUCAGGUUGGGAAAAAGCCGAGGCAGAAGCUUCAACACUGAAAAAUCACCUGGAAUCUGUCACUCUUUUGAAGCUUACUGCUGAAGACCGCGCAUCGCAUUUGGAUGGUGCACUGAAAGAGUGCAUGCGGCAGAUACGAAACUUGAAAGAAGAACAUGAACAAAAACUGCAUGAUGUCGUUCUCAACAAAACCAAACAAAAUGACAAGAUAAAGCAUGAGCUUGAAGCAAAGAUAGCUAACUUGGACCAAGAAUUACUCAGGUCUGCAGCUGAAAAUUCAGCACUUUCGAGGUCUUUGCAGGAGCGUUCUAAUAUGCUCGUUAAAAUUAGUGAAGAAAAAGCCCAAGCUGAAGCAGAAAUAGAAUUGUUGAAGAGCAAUAUUGAAUCACGUGAAAAAGAAAUAAAUUCUCUCAAAUAUGAACUCCAUAUUGCAGCAAAAGAGCAAGAAAUUCGUAAUGAGGAGAAAAACAUGAGUGUACGGUCUGCAGAAGUUGCAAACAAACAACAUCUAGAGGGAGUAAAGAAAAUCGCUAAGCUGGAAGCAGAGUGUCAGAGACUACGUGGUCUUGUCCGGAAGAAGUUGCCCGGGCCUGCAGCCAUGGCCCAGAUGAAGCUUGAAGUAGAGGGUUUAGGCCGGGAUUAUGGAGAAAGUCGGUUAAAGAAGUUUCCAGCGAAGCCUUCAAGUCCACAAUACAGCUUGCCAGAUUUUUCAUUUGAUACUAUACAGAAGUACCAUAAAGAGAACGAGAUGUUAACAGAACGCCUUUUUGCAAUGGAGGAGGAAACAAAGACGUUGAAAGAAGCUUUGACAAAGCGAAACAGUGAAUUACAAGCCUCCAGGAGUCUGUGCACACAGACUGCCAACAAGCUUCAAAGUUUGGAAGCACAAGUGCGUGCAAAUGGCGAACAUAAAAGUCCUUCAAAGUCCACAGUUCGAAUGCCUACAGAGGGUGCCUUUAGUCAAAAUGCAAGCCUUCCUCCAAGCUUGAAUUCUAUGUCGGAAGAUGGAAACGACGAUAAUGUAAGUUGUGCAGGGUCUUGGGCUACAACAUUAUUGUCUGAGCUCUCGCAUAUUAAGAAGGAAAGGAGCUUUGAUAGUUCGCAUAAAUCUGAAUGUGUAAGUCACAUGGAGCUAAUGGAUGACUUUUUAGAGAUGGAGAAAUUAGCAAAUCUGUCUAAUGACAUGAAUGGAGCUGUUUCAAAUCCAGAUACAAGCAAUGCAAGAUGUGAAAUUGCAAAUAUUGAUACAUUAAUUCAUGUCACCCCAGGCAAUGAUUCUCAACUGAAAAAUCAUAAUGAGACAGAUCCAUCUGAACAUCAAGCAUCUUCCAGUGAGGAAGCAUCAGCUCCUUGCUAUAAGCAUGCUUCAGAGCCAUCCCCUCUCAUGAAGCUCCAAUCAAGAAUUUCAAUUGUAUUGGAGUCUCUAUCUAAGGAGGCUGACAUGCAAAAACUUCAAGAGGAUCUAAGACAGAUUGUUCAGGAGGUCCAUGAUUCUAUCCUUCCCCAAUCGGCGAGGAGCAUCGUCGAGGCUACAGCCAGUUCUGAGACUGCAAGUGCAUCUCAGCUCUCUCCCUAUGACCCUAGGGCAAAUGUAGAAAAGGACAUUCAUGUCUCUCAAGAUAGUAAAUCAUGCAAUGGAGCUGUUCAAAAUAUUAGUAAAGAAUUAUCAGAUGCUAUGUCUCAGAUUCAUGACUUUGUUAUAUUUCUGGGCAAAGAAGCAGAGGCUGUCGAUGGAGCAUCUCCAGAUGGAACUCGUAUUAAUGAAAAGUUGGAUGAGUUCUCUGCCACCUACGUUGAGGUUGUUAGCAGCAGGUUGAAUUUGGUGAAUUUUGUUCUUGACCUCUCUCAGGUGCUGCGUAACGCGAGUGAAUUACACUUCAAUAUCCUGGGAUACAAAACUUCUGAAACAGAAAUGAGUACUUCUGAUUGCAUAGACAAGGUUGCUUUACCAGAAAAUAAAGGUCUUCAGCACUCAGGAGGGGGAUAUUCAAAUAUUUGUGCUCGUUUCUCUGAUUCUUCUUCAGAUCCUGACAUUCCUAGUGAAGGGAGACUUGUUCCAACUUCAGAGUCAACAAAAACUUCGUGGAAGUGCUCAUUGGAAGAGUUUGAACAAUUGAAACUUGAGAAGGAUAACAUGGCUCUUGAUCUAACUAAAUGUACAGAGAACUUGGAAAGCACAAAAUCGCAAUUGGUUGAAACAGAGCAGCUUCUGGCAGAGGUGAAGUCACAAUUGAUAUCUGCUCAAAAGUCGAAUAGUCUGGCUGAAACUCAGCUCAAAUGUAUGGUAGAAUCAUAUAGAUCACUUGAAACUCGUACGGAGGAGUUGCAAACUGAAGUAAACCUUCUUCAGACAAAAAUAGAAUGUCUUGAUAAUGAGCUUCAAGAGGAAAAGAAGAGUCACCACGAAGCUUUAGCUAGAUGCCAGGAUCUUGAAGAGCAACUCCAAAGGAUUGAGAGCUGUCCAGCCUCUGACAUUGUUGCCAAGACCAACCAGGAGAAAGAGUUAUCAGCAGCAGCCGAGAAGCUUGCAGAGUGCCAAGAAACCAUAUUUCUUCUUGGUAAGCAGUUGAAAGCUUUGCGUCCUCAGACAGAGUCGAUGGGGUCUCCAUGGAUUGAGAGAAGUCCAAAGAGGCAGAGUCUGAGUGAAGAACCGACUACGAGUGGUAUGAGCUUGCAUGAUACUGAUAUGGAUGAGUUGGAUACUGCCACUUCUGUGAAGACAAAUUCUGAAUCCCCCAUGGAUCUAUACAAUGCUCUGUAUAGUCCUUCAGAUUCUGAAGUAAACAAUCCAUUGAGAUCACCAAUCAGCUCAAAGCAUCCAAAACACCGGCCUACUAAGUCAAGCUCCUCAUCUUCAUCUGGGGGCCCAACACCUGAAAAGCAAUCUCGUGGAUUCAGCAGAUUCUUUUCUUCGAAAGGAAAGAUUAGCAAUUAGCUCCUGAAUCUUGCUUAGCACGUUCGUUUGACAAACCAAUAAAUAAAGUCCAGAAAGAACGAAGCCUUUAUAGAUGUUCUCAAUUUGCUCCGUUGUAACUUCACACGCCAGAGUUUCCGAUCUACUGGAAAUUCAAGAUACUUGAGCUGUGUUGUGGGAUAUCCAGCAGCGAGUGGUUUCGCUAGAGUUUGAGGUUAGACGUGUACAAGAAAAUCCAUUCUCUGGAUUGCUGAGAAUUGUUAUUCUUUAUUUCGUGUAGUUGAAGUGCUUAAAUGUCUGGGAAUUACAUGACCAAAAAGCCAUUUUUCCUUUGUAUGAGGAUGCUUUGUGACUACUGUAAAAUUAUUUUUUGUAUGCAUGAUGUAUAAGAUUUGUAGAACUUGUUA